AGACAACAUCCACAAUUAAGAUGACAGAAGAAAUUGAAAAUGUCCGAAAUUAACAGCUUUCGAAAAUAAAGAUCAACAAAAUUAUUAGUUUAAAUUUUGGCAAUGAACAAAAUUACUAAUGCUUGUCCUCAUAGUGUUCGCGUUCCUCACCCAAAAUGUUAUUUGUGAUUACGACAGGCGUGUUAUAACGACUCUAAAGUACUCGAAAUACAGCACGACACCAGCAGUGGUCAAUGGGAAACCUGCUGCAGAAGGUCAGUUCCCUUUCCUGGUCUCUUUAAAAGAACCAGUGCAGAAAAUGGAGCCGGAUAAAAUUGUGUGGAAAAACCUUUGUGGCGGAAGCAUCAUCGACAAUAAUCGAGUACUGACAGCAGCACACUGUUUUGAAAAUAACGAGUUCUACUACGCGAGACACCCGAACGCGCUCCGCGUUGUGGCCGGGGCCAUGAGUACAGACCUCAUACACAGCGGUAAGACGGAAACCACUAGAGAAUUCCAAUGGAGAAGCUUAAAGAAAGUUCUGAUACAUGAACAUUUCAGCUUCCCAGCAAAUGACAUCGCUAUCGUUGUAGUUACCGAGCCGUGGGUCUUUACCGAAAAUGUCAAUGCCAUAAGGAUGGCGACAAAAGUGACGGAUUAUGCCGAGCAUUGUGUGUCUGCUGGGUACGGUCGGGUGGGGCAUCGAAUGAAAGACACCAUCUCCCCAAUUUUGUUGACUGCGAAAAUAAGUACAAUGCCGAGGUGGCGAUGCUCUUUAGUGUGGGAGAUGAAUAUGAAUUCGUUUAUUUGUACGGACUCGGCGACGGCGGAUGUAGCUAGAGGUGAUUCUGGGGGUCCUCUGUUGUGUUACCAUACCGGUGACCCCAACGAGGUGAAUGACGAGGGAGUGUUGGCAGGCGUAGUGAGCGGCAAGAACUUUGAUAAGACAACGUUGUACACACGAGUGUCUGCCUACCACCCGUGGAUAGAACCCGCUUCUAGUGCUGUUGGUAUAUUUCCUGUGUUUGUGACAAUAUUAUGUUUGCCUAUUAUACCUCUCUUCAAUUUCAACGGUCCACUGCUCGACUAUGAGCAUCUCCAAAGAGGAUUUACCAUGUUCCCUACAUUUCGCAGGCAGGGUUUAGAUUCACUCGAGAAAGGGAAGCAGCCUCCCAGGGUCGCUUACGUGGCGGGACCUGUCGCAGACGUAGCGGUAGUACGAAGCAUGCCGAGUGUGGUGAUUCCGCAAGAGCAUCCCGGGUCACAAUCACAGGCAGUGGAGGAACAUCGCAGUGGCUUUAUCCGGCAAGAGUCCGGAUGCUCCCCGUCGUCCCCAAGACAUGGGAAGUCCAUAAAAAUUCCACCGCCAUAG